UCGUUUCCUUUCGCACUUGCGCAUAUCUGGGGCCGCGUCUCUCCUGGGCGCUUUGCUGCAGCCCGAGGCGCCAGGGCCCGGGAGCCGCGGGAUGCUGCAGCUUGGCGCUGGGAAUGGCGCCUGCAGAUGAGGAAACUGAGGCAAAAAACAGUUAUAACUUUUGGGAGGCCAUACAGAAAUGCCAGUGUAUAGGCAUGGAACAUAGGACUCCUGAUGCCCUGUCCGGAGCUCUAUCCAUUGGACCACACUACGGAAGAAAACUGAAAUUUAUAUGUAAAACAUGAUGAGACUGUAAACUCCAGAUUAUGCCACUAUAGCCUGAAAAAUGUAGUAUGAACCUCAUAUUAUUUUUAUCUGACAGAAAUUGUGGUUUGAUUUGUGAAUGAUCUUCAGACUUUUCUCCCCUGAAUUUUCUGGACACUAGUAUGAACUCUUCUGUUUUGUGUUGUAAGGAUUAUGGAACUGUCUACCAGGAGUGGGCUCUGGGCCUUUGCCUUCUUCUGCCACCUAGCACUUAUGGUCUCCUUAGAAAGCUUAACCCUGAAAGGAUCAGAUUCUCCUGUGAUUGCCAAAGUUGGCAUUGAUGUCGUCCUUCCAUGCAAGCUCUCUCCUAGCACCAGUGCCAAACAGAUGGAAGUGAGAUGGCACAGCAGUGAGAUGCCUGGCCUCGCCCAUCAUUAUGUGAAUGGGGGUGACUCCCUGCAGAAGCAGAACCCACACUACCGGGGAAGGACAGAGCUGUUCCAAGAGGAGCUUCCCAAUGGCAAUAUCUCUCUACUCUUAAAGAAGGUUCAGGUGGCAGAUGGAGGCAAUUAUGUCUGCUUCGUUGGCAAUCGAUUGAAUUAUAUGGAAAGCUCCGUGGAGUUAAAGGUUGGAGCUGUUGGCACAGGCCCCACGAUCUCUGUGCGCCAUUCUCAGGACCAGACUGUGACACUCACUUGCAAUUCAGAAGGGUGGUAUCCGGAACCAGAAAUACUGUGGACUGACAGGCAUGGCCAAAGACAGAACUCAACUAUGUCCUCUCUGAAAGAUGACCAAGAUCUAUACAAUAUUCAGAGUCACCUGUAUGUGAAAAAUAACAAGGACCAGAUCCUGGUGUGUCAACUCCAAAGCAACUUCUGGGACCAGACAAGACAGUCAGAGUUGCAACUUUCCAGUGAUUUAUUCCCAUAUGAUAAACAGUCCUAUUUAGCCAACAUUGUGAUAUUAUGUGUAUUGCUCGUUAUGUUGAUUGCAGUUACAGGCUUCAUAUUCAAAACAGAGAGAAAAUCCAAAGGAAAACUUCAUGUUGCAAAAGAGCUAUCAAAGUUCCGAAACGCAGCUGUACAAAUCAGACUGGAUUGUGACACAGCACAUCCCAACCUUCAUAUUUCAUUGGAUUGCCUAUGUGUAAACCACACUGACGAGAAGCAUGACGUGCAAGAUAUUCCAGAGAGAUUCGAUGGAUGGGCCUCCGUGCUGGGAUCUGAGAUCCUCCGAGCUGGGAAGGAAUAUUACUGGGAAGUAUAUGUGGGAGAUAAAACAGAUUGGGAUCUUGGGAUUACGGAUGGGAAGGCUAAUAGGAAAGGCUGGCAGGAUUUGAUGCCAGAGAAUGGAUACUGGGGGAUACGAUAUUUUAACAAUGCUAAUUGUAUAGCAUUUGAAAAUCCUCCAGUUAAUCUAAGACUUGGCAGCCAGCCUAAAGUAAUUGGCGUUCAUUUGAAUGGUAAGGCUCAGAGGUUAGAUUUCUAUGAUGUUUUAGAGAUGUCUCUCAUCUACACUUAUAGCCUGAAAUACUCUCUGGAUGUCUACCCUUUUUUCUGCCCUGGGCUGAACAAAAAUGGGAAAAACAAAGCCCCCCUCAGACUUUGCUCUCUCUUUCAUGGCUACUGUGAACAGAUGUCAUCAACUUCCAUUGCUUUACAUCCCAAGGCCAGUUUGGAGCUUGUGGGAGGCACUAAUGGAAAAGAUGUGACCAGCCUCAGCAAGGAUGAUGAUGCCACCCAUGCAUUUCUACAGUAGGCUCCUGUAGAAGUAGAAUUUAUAUCUGUAUUUCAGGUUGGAUGUUUAGUAAUGUGUAGCUAAACAUUGUAGCCAGACACAAACCCCAUCUUGUUUUUCCACGAACCCCAUCUUGUUCCCCGCCCCCAGAGAGCAAGGGAAAGGCAGUCAGCCUUUGAUG